AUGACUCUUGUUCGAGCUAAAAUCGACAUGCAGAUACCUCGAAAAAGGAAAGGUUUCACAUCUCAGCAUGAGAAGGGCAUACAACGAUUUCUUGAUGCAGUAUCAGCAGCGUUCAUGCGGCAUGUCAACUUGAAUGUGAUCAAAUGCGUUUUGAUAGCUAGUCGUGGCUUUUUGAAGGAGCAGUUUCUGGAACACCUGUUACAGUAUGCUGAUGCUCAGGGUAAAAAGGUUGAUCAUGACGCAUCGUUAAGGCAUGUCUCGAUGGCAAACGCUGAACAGGCAAUUGAUACUCUUCUUCUUUCGGACUCCCUCUUCAGAUCCCAAGAUUUGGCGACUAGGAAGAAGUAUGUAGCACUUGUGGAGAGUGUUAGAGAGCAGGUAUGCGAUAACCUCAAACUUUUAAAUCACUGACU